GACAUUCCGUGUGAGAUAAAAAUGGUUGCCGACUUGGCUUUGUGAUUACAGAUGAGAAAAUACGAAAUUCGUGCUUAAUUAAAGAUUUUGUCACAAAAAAGCGCGCGCGCGCUCGCUUGCUCAAAUCUUUACCGUGCGUUACGUGGAGUUGAUAAAAACCAAACACGAGUACAGUUUGUCUCUAAUUUUCCAUUUCCGUUUACAGCAUAUUGCUGCUGGUGAAGGGAAAACUGUGGAAAGCCCUUUUUCUAAUCCAUCCAUCCAGAAUCAGUGAUAUCCGGUGAUCGGUAAAGUGUGAGUGAACAAACAAUAGUGAUCGUAUGGCUGCACAGACCUAAAGGGCUCAUCAUUGCACACCUGUGAAAUAAAAUCUACAGCGGUGUAUUCAUCCCGUGAAGGUCGAAAAGGGGAAGGUCCUCAUACAUUCCGGAAGCACUCGCCUCACCGUCGUCUUCGUCUGCUCGAUCACCCUGGUGGUGGUCGCCAUUCGCAAGGGAGAGAAUGGAUCUAGAAAGUGCUAAUGAUACGUUUUGUCCGGGUGAUACUGUAGCUCGAUCGAAGCCGGAAACCGAUAUCGAGCAGCAUGUGCUUGGGCAAAAGGUUAAGCUGUCCGAUGGCACCGAGGCGCUGGUGUUUAGCCGCACGCCACGGAAUAAGGAUCUGCUGUUCGGGUACAGCUGCCACAUCUGUGGCGUGGUGUGCCUGUACGGUGAACGGAUGCUGCAGAUUCACAUCGCUGGCCGCAAGCAUCAGGCCCGGCUGAGCGUGGAUGUGUUCGAUGCGGAACAGUAUCGUGCAUCGCUUGUGGCCAAAACGAAGGCAAAUCCUGCAUCUACCGAUACCACAAACACAGCGACAGCUCCACAGAGCGCACAGAGCAAUGAAUCUUCAUCCUCGUCACCGUUGGCAAGAUUGCAGAACGUGCUGGACGGCUACCGGGAUGGUCCGUUGGUGGGCUUGGAAUACAUCAUCGAGCUAACGGACUCGGCCAACGGGAGCGAACCGUUCUACAGCUGCAUUCUGUGCAAUCUGCACGACAACAACGAAAGCGGCAUUACCACGCACAUGAUCAGUUUGGGCCAUCGGUUCAAAUUUCUCGAGAAGCACUACCCGACCGUGCGCAAGCUAUUGGCACCGUACCGCAACGCUCACCAGGAAAACGGUGGCCAAGUGUUUUUCCGCGUCGUUCAAACGGUGUGCGAAGCGAUCGAGGACCAUCACGGCCGGCUAACGCCGCACGUCUACGACGCGUCCGAUUUUAAUCGUAACCGGGUGAAGUACGCUCAGCAGAUCUCGUUCGGUAGCCACUUCGAUGAGCGCACCGGGCCAAAGUUUGUCGAUGUGAUCGACGCAAAGGUGCUGCAGGAUUUGGCCAAAGCGGACGGUGGCGGAGGGCAGGCGCAGGGACCACCGAAACGCUACCGGAAGCGCGAGGAGCGCGACAGUUUGGAUUCGAUUUCGAGCGUUAGCAGCGACAACUCGAUGCUAACGAUUUCGUCCAGCGGUGACAAUGAGGAUCGGGGCCGGCAGCGGCAACGAAGUCCGCUGAAUGGCGGUGGCCGGCAGCGUUCACAGCAGCGUCCGCGCAACACCGGUCCACCGGAACGGCAGCUGCUACCGACUCCGCGGGAACUGUCCCAGCAGUCGGCAGCGAUUGCCCACGAACGGUACAAGUGGGAAAAGUAUCGCUGUACGGUGGAUAUAGCCGUGGCGCAGCUAACGAAGCAGCUGAAGGAGUAUGAAAAGAAUCCGGAAAAGCAUCCGCUGUAUUCGGAGGAGUGGAAAAAGUUCUGGAAUCGGCGUUACAAGGAGCUGCAGGCGGAAAAGAAGGAUCCACAAAAGCACAACUUCAAACCGGAGUGGAUCGAAUUUUGGACGAAGCGUAUGAAGGAUCUGCACGAGGAGGAAGUUGCCCGCAAGAAGGACGAGAUUCGUACGAAGAUGAACUUGCCGGUGGAGGGCGAAGAGCGGACGGAUGAGCUGCGGGAACAGUAUGCACUGCGUGUGCCACCGGCAAAUAAGCGCUCGCGGUUGGAUUCCAAAACCGGUUCGGCCGAAGCGCCGAUCCUGAUCGACGUGAAUUCGGACGAGGAGGAGGACGAUUACAAGGGUGGCCAGCCGAUGCGAAGAUCCAACCGAUCGCCCCGAUCGUCCGGCCGGCGAUCCGAUUAUCCCGAGCCAAGGAAACGGUCCACCUCUCGGUCCCACCGAUCGCGCAGCCCGAUCAGUGAGGAUGAGUUUGAUGGAUACUCCAGGAGCCGAUCGCACCGUGGCCCACCGAUGGAUCAUCGAGGCGAAUGGUCCGGCGAUGGCGGUAAGCAUCGUGGCCCACCGCCCCAGCGUGUCGAUUACGACGAAUGGGCCAAGAAUUAUUACGGCCCCAACAAGAAGGUGUUUGUGCGGACCGAGUUCGAUUCGGACAAUACGCCGCUCAACUUUAUCGCCGUCUGUCGGCUGCUGACCGCGUUCGAGGAGUACCUGGGAAGUCUUGGUCCGAAGGUGAUCGACCUGAUGGCGAAGGCGCUUGCGCUGGAGAAGGUGAAGGCAAAUUCGGCCGACGAUCUGCUGCUGAACGAGGAUAACUGCAUGUUUCUGGAGACGGUGAAGGAAAAGCUGAAGGGCCACAUGAUGGCCGAAACGAUCGACCCACCGAAGAUGGUACCGAUCAAGAAAGCCGUCCGGAACAUUGCGCGAUUGCUACACGAGGCUUCGAAGCGUGAACAGCCGGCUAAACCACCGGAGGAGGAAAUGUCUCAAGAUUCGUUGCCGGUCAGUGACGUGGCCACACCGGCGGCAACCAGUGCACCGCUGGCGAGUGGAAACAGCCUCGACAAGAUAGCAGUGGCCGAGCAGCUGGCCAAGUUGCUCGUUGCUCAGGGCAAAUCCGAUUUCACCACGGAUGAGUUGGAAGAGCUGAUCAACGUGUACGUUGCGAUGGCACAAAUGUCCCGCGAGCGAAACACAAUCAUUAAUGCGAAAACGUAUUUGUCAUCGCUUCCGACACCACAACCCGUGGCCGCCUCCGUUCCGCUGGCGGUACCGAAAGAAUUAACUCCGGCGUCAGUUGUUCCUGUCAUUGCAGCACCAACGAAAGCACCGGAGCGGGCACGGCCGGAACCUACAACGGGAUCGAGUGUUGCAUUAGGCGGAGGAGGAGGCGGUGCUCGGUGGAAUGAAAGGAAGACCGAUGUCCCUGUCCGUACCGGUAACUUUGGCUCCAGCAUGCCGGACGGACUGGAGGACGAAAAUUCUUCCUCGGGAACGCUCGAAAACUUGACCGACUCCGACCUGCAGACGUUGCUGCAGAGCUUCAAGGAUCUGUCGAAUGACGAACAGAUGCAUCUCAUAUCGUAUCUCCGCAAGCUGGAGCGUACCGAGCCGGAGCGUGUUGAGCGAUUGCGUCGGUACGUGAAUUUCGAUGCAUGGAACGAACCACCGAAGGAUGGUGGUGGACGAGCCGGUGCUGGUGACAAUGAUGGUAGACGAGAUUUGCAUAGUCGCGUGUCUGACAUGGAUGAGCAGAGCUACACGGGACAUGACGAUGAAUCUAGCUUCGAUAUGUUCCAACUGUCCGGGCCAACGACAGGCGGUGCUGGAGGUCGAAAGCCGCCGGGACAGAUGCCUUUGUCCAGCAGUAAUAAUGGUGGACCACAAAGACAACAGCUUGCUCAACGUUCUCAACAGCAACAACAGCAGCAGCGACCGACGAGCGCACAACAACAGCCGCCCCAACAGAAAGCGGGCAACAACAUGCUCGUAGAUUCAGAGGACGAGGACGACUACUCGUACGAUGACAUUUUACGGGCGGCGUCGAAGAACGUAUCCACCAUCCCGUCGCAGCAGCAGGGGUCAAAAACGCCGGCCGACGCGUACGAUACCAGCUCGAGCCAUUCGCUGCGUACAAACAAUGAAACGACGGGAAGCGGUGGUGCGGGCGCCAUUUCACUGUCCGACACACAGAAUUUGAUCGCCAAUUUGAUGGAAUCGCUUCAAAAGUCCGUGUCCGACGCAAACAGCCAUAAAGCAUCACCGGGCAGUGCGGGUUCCUCCAACGCUACCAGCUACACCAACCCGAUCACGACGAUCGGAACGCCGGGUGGUGACGUUCCUUCCGCGUCCAUUCCCGGAAAGGUAACAAAUUCGGCAGCAAACACGUCCUCGAUGUAUCCGUCCUUCGCUCAGCAACAACAGCAGCACCAGCAGCAGCAGCAGCAAGGAGGACAACCGGGCAUGCCAAUGCAUUUCGGUGGUCCGCAGGGACAACCACCGAUGGGGGGUGGGCAUAUGCAGGGACCGGCAGGACAGAUGCCAGCACAAUUCGGCGGCCAGUACAUGUAUCCGGGGCAGAUGUUUGGUGCGAAUGCAGCUGCCCAACAGCAAAUGCAACAGUACGGUGGCUAUGGUAAUUAUGGUUACUACUAAACGCGGCAUGCGUGUGGCGGAACGCUUCUAUUCUGGUGGCAUUUUAUGUCUCAAGCUGCCAUUUUACAUGCGGCUUUACUGACGAAUUAUGACUUUUUUUGUUUUAAUGAAUAAUUGUUGUAACAUGAAAUGCGGAAAUACGAAUAGAAACAACAAAGAAAUACAGAGAUGGAACUGAAUUUGGAAAAAAAA